UCGUAUCGUUCGAGACAAUAUCGGGCCUCAGUAUACGAGUGCUAAUUGGCGACAGCAGAUGCAAUUCUUGGCCCAAAGCAACAGAAGCAAGGAAAACCUUUAGAAUGGCCGCUGUAACGGAAGACUUUGCCAAGAAAUGUGAAGUGAAGCAGAACGAAACGCUGGGCAGAUAUGUGGUCGCCGCCACCAAUAUUAAGGCCGGGGAAACGGUGCUGCUGGAGCAGCCUGUGCUGCUGCUGGCCAACAAUGGGGAUAGGCGUUGCUGCAACUGUCACCAGCUGACGUCUUCAUUUUGCGGCAAGUGCCGUCUAAUGCCACUGUGCGCGGACUGUGUGGAGCACCAUGGGCCGGACUGUCGGCGUCUGGCUGAGCUGCAGCUGCAGGAGCAGCAGGUGGAACAGCUGCAGGCGCACACAGAAGUCUGCAGUGCACUGAAGUAUUUGCUGCUGCGGGAGCAUGCCGAGAAGAGGUCACACUAUGAGCAACUGCUGCAGUUGGAGGCACAUCUAGCCCGGCGACGCGACACAGACAUCUGGCGCAGCUAUCGGGCGGAGGUGAUUGAGCCGCUGCAGGCCUCCGGGCUGCUGCUGCAGUUGCGCAAUGGCGCGGAGAUCGACGAGGAGCUGUUGCAGCGUCUGCUGGCCAUUGCGGAUAUUAAUGGCUUUGAGAUCCGUGCUCCGGAGUCGGGUGGUGCCAUGCGUGGUGUUUACAUGACUGCCGCACUCUUUGCCCAUAGUUGCCUGCCCAAUCUGGUGACGGCAGUCGAUGAGCAGCGACGCAUCAAGCUCUAUGCGAACCGUAUAAUAGCCGCUGGCGAAAUUUUGUACAACUGUUACACGGACAUCCUGCUGGGCACCGAUGAGCGGCGUCGCAUUCUCAAAACGGGCAAAUGCUUUGAUUGUCAGUGUGCCCGCUGCACGGAUCCCACCGAACUGGGCACGCAUAUGAGUAGCUUUGUGUGUUCCCACUGUACUGGCGGUUAUAUAGUGCGACAGCCGGAGUCUGGCCUGUGGCAAUGUCUGCUCAAUGCCGAGCAUACGCUGAAGCCCGAGUUUGUGGCCAAUGUGCUGGAGCGCGCCAAGGAGGAGGUUUUCCAUGCACGCGAAGAUAUUUAUCGGCUGGAGCUGUUGCUGGCCAAGCUGGGGCGUCUGUUGCAUGGCAAUCACUAUGUUAUGCUCGAUCUUAAGCAAAAUAUAGCGUCCAUAUUGCGACAAAUCCUGCAGAACAUGGCACAUCGACCCAAUCGUAAGGUCUACGAGCGAAAGAUACGUUUGUGCCAGGAGAUAUUGCUGGUCUUGAAGGUUGUGGCGCCGGGCAUAUCCAGGCUAAAGGCGAUUGCCUUGUAUGAGCUGGCCAAUACUCAAGCGGAGCUCGGACGGAAAUUGUACAGUGAACAGGAACAUGACGCUGCGGAUUUACUGGCCGAGCUGCAGCAAACUGAGAUAAUGACGCGAGAAUCACUACGAAUGCUGCUUUAUGAACCUAUUUCCACACCGGAAGGUCAACUGGCACGUAAUAUGCUUAGAGAAUUGAAGGAGCUGCAAAAUGAUAUGAAAAUGCUACAGCAGCCAAACGACGAUGUUGUUAUUUAAAAAAAACCUGUUUUCCAAUUAUUCUUUUGAAUUAAA